AUGCUUUUUACGCUCUUUGCCUUUGUCAUUUUAAAUUUCUGUGGCAUAGCCGCUCUACAAGCAUGUGCGCGAACAAUCUUUGCUUUCUCACGUGAUGAACUUUUACCGUUUUCAAAUAUCUGGAUUCGCAUCAAUAAAUAUACGCAAACUCCUUUAAUAGCCGUAUGGUUAAAUGUGACUCUCGCUAUUACCAUCAAUCUGAUUGGACUCGGAUCGUAUACGGCGAUUUCCGCUAUCUUUAAUGUUUGUACAAUUGCACUCGAUUGGAGUUAUUGCAUACCGAUCAUAUGUAAGAUGAUCUUUAGUUACAACACAGAGCGCUACAGACCUGGACCAUGGCAUCUAGGAAAGUUUUCGUGGCUGAUAAAUUGCUGGUCUGUGGUAUGGACAUUCUUUGUGUCGAUUAUUUUUCUCCUGCCAACAACAAGACCAGUAACAGUCGGCACUAUGAACUAUGCAGUUGUUAUUCUCGUAGGCAUUCUUAUGUUCGCAAUGAUGUAUUGGUACGCUGGUGGUGCGCGAAAAAAGUAUAUCGGGCCUCGCAGUAAACCUCGAAAAGAAGAAGAGGAAGCUCCUGAGUUCGUUCCUUCUGCACAUAAAAACGACGAAGUGACUAAGUUUUGA